UACGGGGUUUACAUGGAUGGAGUCAGCUUGCAUCGAAGUGAGUCGAGUUAAAAGAAGGACGCUGGGCGAGCGCUGGAUGUGUUCUGAUGUGUGUAAAGCUGUGUUGAAGUCAGAAAUGCAUCGUGUUUAACACUUGCGAGCUGUUACCGCGGAGGGAUAUAUAUAUAUAUUCUGGGGAAAAGUCAUAAAAUGGGAAUGUGUGUCGGCGUAGUUGAUCCCCUACAUGCUGCCAUCUGAAGAGAAGAGCAGGAAGCAUGGACGUGGAAGACUUUCCUCCCCCGCCUCCUGAAAUGUUGACCGACAGCGUCCCCUUCGCAGAUGAAGACGAGGGGGAAGCCUUCGACUUUGAUGACAGCGGUGAUGACAUCCCUGAAGCUGAACGCCUGCCCCCUGCACCUCCAGCUCCCCUUGCCCCAAGCACCAAUGAUCGGGACAAGGCGAGGGUCGGUCCCCCCGAGGGUCAUCUCACCGGCCCGGACCCCCCAGCACCUUCUGACGCAGCUCCAUCAUCGGCAGACACAACAGUUGCCACAAGCGGAUCCUCAGCAGCAGCAGGUGGAGCAACAACAGCAGCAGAAGGAGAGGGGACAUCUGCUGCUGAGGGCACUGAUGACAUGGAGACAGAUCUACCACCACCUCCACCCCCUCCUCUUGAAGAUGACGCAGAGACGGAUCCUGCGAGAACAGGCAGUGAAGGCCAGGACGAGUCCAUCAGUGACCCUCACCCUCCACAGGCCGUCCCCAGAAGCUCCUCCCAGGGCAAAGUCAACCCCUACUCUGUGAUCGACAUCACUCCUCUCCAACUGCAGCAGCAGCAGCAGCAGCAGCAGCAGCAGCAGCAGCAGCAGCAGCUCGAGCAGCAGCAUGGACCCUCCUCCUCCUCCGACUCCGCCGCUUGCUCUCCAACGGAGCCCAAGGAGCCGGAGGGAGAAUCCCUGGAUAUCCCCAGCAGCCCCGUUAGCAUCACUUCAGGAUACUCGGUCCCAGUGCCCUGUGGCUACGCAACCCCCUCUGGUGUGCCGCUCAUCACACCAACGUACACCACACCCGUCCUCAUUCGGCACCUCUCCAUGGAUGAGGACGUCACUGUGGUUGGGACUGUCAACACCUCUGUAGACAGUGUUUUCACUGAAGAGUCUCCACCUAUUAGAGAAGAGGACGCUUUGGCUAAAUGGGCAUCCGAUCCCGCCAACACUGCAUGGAUGGAAAAUCCAGACGAGGUGAUUUACGAUGACGUGCCCAGAGAGAACUCUGACUCCAACACAGAUCCAGAUGAGAUGAUCUACGAUGACGUGGAACUCGGUGAGGAGGGCGGCUGCAACAGCUCCCUCGACAACGGCUGGAGCUCCAGCGAGUUUGAAAGCUACGAUGAGGCCAGCGACGGGGAAGGUCGCCCUGAGAACGGCCUGCCGCAUGCCUUCAUGAGAGGAAAGCCCCCCCAGAAGAAAACGCAUCUCUCUCAAGAUCUGACACGCUUGAAAGAACACUAUGAGAAAAAGAUGAAAGAUCUAAUGGCAAACACAGUGGGAACAGUAGAGCUGCAGCAGUUAAAACAGAAACACGAGCAGAAGAUGCAAAAGCUGGUGAAGGCAGCGAAGGAAGGGACCAAAGAUGGACUUGAGAAAACCAAAGCUGCAGUGAAGAAGGGACGCUCUUUCAUCAAAACCAAGUCAUUCUGUCAGGAGAGGAAGUCGGCCUGUUUUGAGGACGAGGAGUCUGAACUCUUCAUUGAGGUGGACUGUUUCAAUGUUGAGCCCGUGCUGUGUCCAGCACCAGCGGGUCUUUCACAGCAACAGCUGGUGAGAAGAUGUAUACUGGGAUCUAUAUUGGAGAGCGAGAAGAACUAUCUUGACGCGCUGAAAAGGAUAUUAGAGCAAUAUGAGAAGCCGCUGUCCCAGCUGGAGCCGAGGCUGCUGAGCGACAGGAAGCUGAAGAUGACCUUCUAUCGGGUGCGUGAGAUCCUGCAGUGCCACUUCCUGUUCCAGAUCGCCCUGGCAAGCCGCGUUGCUGAGUGGGACAGCCUGGAGAUGAUCGGGGAUGUCUUUGUUGCAUCGUUCUCAAAGUCCAUGGUGCUGGAUGCUUACAGUGAGUAUGUGAACAACUUCAGCACCGCAAUGGCAGUGGUGAGGAAGACGUGCGCCUCCAAACCUGGCUUCCUGGAAUUCCUCAAGCAUCGCCAGGAGACCAGCAGCGACCGGAUGACUUUGUACGGCCUGAUGAUGAAACCUAUCCAGAGAUUCCCACAGUUCAUUCUGCUCCUUCAGGACAUGCUGAAGAACACGCCAGUGGGUCACGCAGACCGUUUGCCCCUGCAGAUGGCCCUGGCCGAACUGGAGACACUGGCGGAGAAGCUCAACGAAAAGAAGAGGGAAGCCGACCAGCGCUGCGAGAUCCGCCACAUUGCGAAGGCCAUGAACGAACGCUACCUCAACAAGCUUCUGAGUAAUGGCAGCCGCUACCUGAUCCGCUCCGACGACAUGGUGGAGACGGUCUACAAUGAGCGUGGGGAAAUCAUCAAAACCAAGGAGAGACGCCUCUUCCUGCUCAAUGACGUUCUCAUGUGUGCAACUCCCAACAUCCGUUCACUUAAAGGAAUGUGUUUAACGUGUCAGGAUGGCAGUGGGAGUGGCAGCGGCAAUGCCCCGCCCGACCAGAAGUUCCUUCUAAAGUGGAGCGUGCCUCUGAGCUUCGUGGAAGUGCUGGAGUUCGGAUCCAGCGAGGACAUGGCCGACAACAGCCGCUACCCAACGUCCCAUUCAGGGGAGAAGGUGGUCAUCAACGCUAAGCCAAACAAGCUGUACAUGGGCCCCGGUCAGUUGUACCAAGAUCUGCAGAACCUGAUCCAUGACCUCAGCCUGGUCAGCCAGAUCUCCGGCAUGAUCAGCAGCCUCAAAGGCAACUACCAGAAUGUGAACUCCACAGUGGCCCAGGAUUGGGUAUCUGGUCUCCAGAGGCUGAUACUGAAGAAGGAGGAGGAGAUCAGGGCAGCUGACCGGUGUAGGAUCCAGCUCCAGCUGCCUGGCAAACAUGACAAGUCGGGUAAACCGACGUACUUCAGCGCAGUGUUCAACACUCUCAGCCCAGCCAUCAAACAGUCAUGGAUCAGUAACUUGCAGAUGGCCAAGCUGGCUCUAGAGGAGGACAACCUGCAGGGCUGGUUCUUCGCAGAGGAGGAUGGGAAUCAGAUCAAAAAGCAGAAACACCCUCUCUUGCUUCGACAGAUGCCCGUGGUCAUGUCAAAACUCCAAGAGUUCAAGGUGGAAUGUGCCGUUCAUAAUCCAGAGCCCCACAUCAACACGGAGAGCACAGCAGAUACUCCCGUCGUGGGCCAUGGCUGUGUCUGGGUUGCUAGUUGCACCAACCAGAUGGGCCAGAUAUCCAUCGUGGCCAUGCAGAGCUCCAGCCCUAAGGUGACCGAGUGUUUCAAUGUGGAGUCCCGUAUCCUCUGCAUGGCCUACGUCCCGGCGGAGCAGCCUCAGGAGAAUGGCGAGCAGAUUCCCGAAAACAACCACACCUCCGCAGCGAAGGCCACUGAUUCUCCCAGUGUCUGUCUGGGCAUGGAGGAGGGCAGCAUCAUUGUGUAUAAGAGCAGCCAACGGUCCAAGAAAGUCCGCCUGCAGCAUUUCUUCACCCCAGACAAGUCCACCGUCACCAGCCUGGUCCAUAAGAAACACUGUCUGUACGUUGGCCUGGUCAGCGGCUCUGUGGCCGUCUACUCCAGAUCACAAGAUGGUUCGUGGAGCUGCGAGAAGCCUACGGUGCUGAAACUGGGGGUUCUCCCGGUCAAGGCCAUGCUGGCUGUGGAGGAGCACCUCUGGGCUUCAACAGGUGGACAGGUCUUCAUCAUCAGUGCCCACACACACUGUGUGGAGAGGCAGCUGGAGGCCCACCAGGAAGAGGGCAUGGUGGUGUCCCACAUGGUGGUGGCUGGGGUGGGCAUCUGGAUCGCCUUCAGCUCAGGUUCCACUCUGCGCCUUUUCCACACUGAGACCCUGGAGCACCUGCAGGACAUUAACAUUGCCACACCUGUCCACAACACACUACCUGGAAACCAGAGAGUGUCGGUGAGUAGUCUGCUGGUCUGUCAUGGUCUGUUGCUGGUGGGGACCAACCUGGGAGUGACUGUGGCCCUCUCUGUCCCCAGACUGCAGGGGAUCCCCAAAGUCACAGGUCGGGGCAUGGUGUCCUUACACGCUCACAACGGUCCGGUCAAGUUCCUCAGCGUGGCUGCCGCGGUGUGUAACCGGCCCUCCUCUGGUCCGUCGUCCUCCACCCGGCCCACCUCAGCUCAGCCAACAGAGACUGUGGACGAUGAUGGGGGGAACACCCAGCCCCCCUCCUCGGAUUCCGCCCCUCAGGGACGGGGUGUGUGGCUGGGAGAGGCGGGCUGCACCGCCAUGGCUCUCCGGGACUCCCUGUCCUCAUCGUCCUGCGGCUCCCUAGCGCCGUCCCUGGGCUCUUUGGAGCACGGGCCCGAGGACGGGGCCCUUUACGACGUGCUCCACGACCCGGCCCAUCACCAGAGGGGCCGCCGGGUCAGCAAGGUGGACGUCAGCUCUCUGCUGGUGGUGUCUGGAGGCCUUGGCCACCGCAGGGUCAGCAAGAAGACCAAACAGUCUCGCCACGAGGACACCACCUCUACCAUCAUGAUCUGGCAGAUCCCCUUGCUCAGCAUGUGACACCCAAAGUGCCUCAGUUUCAACAAAAGUGCUGCACACAACUCUCACAAAAGAGAUCUGUUACACUCCACAUCAAGCACUCCACAAUACUCCAGAUGAUGUUCCUAAAGAUGUCUCCUACCAUAAAAGAAAAACAAAGGGUUAAUAUAACCACUCAAUCAUGAUGCUUGACGGAGCAAACAGCCUCCGGACCAGUCGGAGGAUAUACUGUAUACUUGUUGGAAAACACUGAAAGCUCUUUUUUUUUUUUUUUUUUUUCUUUUUCCUGUAACAUGGCUAACACAUUACUCUCCAAUGUCUGUGCCAUACCAGUUGACUGUAUAGGACUGCAGUAUUCAUAUCAGUGUUGAUGACUUCAUGAAAGGUGUGUAAGGAAACGAUGGGGCUUUCAAUCUGUUACAUAAAAGUUUUAUUAAGAGUAGGGUUCUGGCCAGACCUGUAGGUCAUCUGUCGAGUCCCCGAGUUGUAAAUAUGAAGUAUGACAACUCAGGAUUACGUGUGUGUGAGUUUCGGGGUCAUCUUUUGUGCCAGCGUGGCGCUUCUACCAUUCUGGCAACGGAGGAAAAGGGGAUGGGGGAAAGAAAAGGUGAAAUAUAUCGAUGACUGAAUCUGUUCGAGAAGGCUUGAUGAGGAUCCCUGGCUGGCCAGGUUCCUAAUAAUAAAGGCGUGAAAGUGUUGUCAUCACCAGGAGAGAGUUCCUCUCCCAAUGAAUCGUUUUCUCGCAUAAGGAUAUUUUAAAAAAAGGAAAAAAAGCUUUAUACUUUUGUCACAAUUUGUAUUUACUUCUGUGUAUUAACAAAUGCAUAAACUGUUUUAUUGAGCAA